AUGAGUGUUGAAAGACUCAAAACCCAGCUCAGAGUAAGAUAUUCAAGAGCAUUCAGAAUGUUGACAGCAUGUGAACUUCCAAACUACGAUUGUUUAUACAUUGACGCUACUCAAUACGUAGUUAUGUCAAAACUAUUUCAUGAUGACGAAUCUGGCGAGGAGCCAACAAAGUUUGCACUAAACUGCAUCGAUUAUUGUGUUCACCAUAUUAAACCUACACAUUUGAUAUGCAUUGCUGUCGAUGGAAUUGGAACAAAUUUUGCCAAACUGAAUUCAAAGAGACAGAGACGUUUCAAGAGAGAUAAUGAAUCAGAAACUGAAUCUGUUUAUUAUCCGUAUCAAAAAGCAAUCUCAGACUUCGUUGAGGAAAAACUUAAAACAGAUCCAAUUUGGCAAGCAUCAAAGUAUGUUUUAUAUGGUUCUCCAUUCAUGCUUGAUGACUCAGAAUCAAAGAUUUUCCGUUGCAUAAACUACAUAGUUAAUCUGCCCGAUUAUAAUCCAAAUUAUCGUCAUUUGAUCAUUACUUCUGACUCCGAUUUGAUACUUUUCAGUCUUAAAUCACAUGUCAAAGCAAUUGACUUACUUACAAACCGUAUUCCUCGAGCAAAGACGGAUUUCGAACAAUUCAGUUUUGAUAAUUCGGAAUUAGUCAGUAUUCCUAUCAUUGCUGAGUACAUAAUGAAAGAUUUCGACAGACCUAAGGAGUAUGUCGAUGAUUUCAUGAUGCUUUGCGCAUUUCUUGGCAACGUUUAUUCUCCAACAAUUUACAAAAUAGAUGAUCUGGACAUUAACAAAAUAAUUAUCAUCUAUAAGAGGUAUCUUGAUCGAUACGGCGGUUUGGUGACAAAAGGUGAUACUUAUGACUUUAAUAAUCUCAAAUUAUUUUUCAAAUUAAUUUUGGAAAAAUUUGAUAAGUCAGAUUAUGAAAAUGCAGAAGAGGAAUCAAUAUUUAUUGAGAAACUCGGUAUCAAUGAAUCAGAAUUGAAGAAAAUGUGCCAUGAUUUCCUUGAUAACAUGAUUUUUUCAAUGAAAACGUUUUCAAACUCACCGUUGUCAAGGACAUGGAAUUACAGGUACCAUUAUGCACCUCCUUUGUCUGCAAUCAUCAGAUACAUGGACAGUUUCGAGUCAAAAAUUGUUCCUGAUAAGAAUUUCCCAAGUAUUUACGCUGUUUUCGCUGUUCCAAGGAAAUUGACAUGGUUAUUACCGAAAGAAGUAGUAAACAUCAGGAAUAUGAGUGAAUACGGAAAGCUCCUCCAGAAAGACAAAUCAGAAAUUGAAAUUGAUGUAGAAAGGGAAGAAUAUUUGUGUGAAAUUCCUGAUAUCAACAAAAUUAAAGAUAUUUUGGAUGAUUUGCUGGAUGCAAUUGAUAUCCCUGAUGAAUACAAGUGGCUCAUGGAGUCAGGAAACAUCAUCGAUCUAAAGAACAAUCAAAAGAUUGAUGAUGUUGACAGAAAACCAUUUUCAAAAUAUAUUGAACCAACAAAUUCGUCACUUUUACCUUCAUUUGACAAUUGCAGGAAUAUCAGAUUCACUUGGAAAUCAUUGCCAAAUGGAAAUGUUGCAAUAUUACUGGCAUCAGAUAAUGUAGUUGGUGAUCCAGAGUCAUAUAUUGGAAGAAGAGUUUAUUCUGAUGUUCCUUAUAAUACACUUUGUUCUGUCAGUAAAAUAAUCCGCAAAAAGCCUGAGGGAAUGUACGGAUAUCUUACUGGAAGAGGACUUGUUGUUUGUGAAGUCAGAGUAUUGAAUUCUCAAAAGAAAUUCCUUACUCCAAUCGGAUUUUGCGAAUUACAAUAA